AUGGCGGAGGAAACAGCAAGUUCCGUGAGGCGUGUCUUCCAGGCAGGCCUUGUCUUGUGGCUCACGUUUUGCAUGAUACUGAUGGCGAAUGCCCAACAAGAUCUAGGCAGUACUGAGACGCAAGAAUGCAGAACAAGCGGUCCCCAUCUUACAGUGGAAGUGGACCCCGAAACCCGGACAGCAACCUUCACCUGUGACGCCCAACUGAAAUACCUGUGGCCCGCUACAAAAAAGCCAAAAGAAGAGUUCACAGAGUAUUUUCUGGACGACACUUGCAAUCAGACGGGGAAGCUUUCGUCUAAAUUCGGUGAAGGAACAACUCUCCGCAAGAAUGAGGACAAAACGGCGGCAUCUAACUCACUCAAAGCAAGCGGCGAAAUGCCAAUAGCAUACACACUGACUGUGGCAAGACUUACCGACUCACGCGAGAAGGCCUUCUUCAAGUGUGCGAAAGCGGAAUACUCCAGCCUGGAAAAGACAACAACAACAACAGAAGCCGAGUCGUGCGUGGUGACGGUCAUCGUGCCUCCGGCGCCCACUCCCGCACCCGACACGUGCACCCCGGAGAGGGAAGCGUUGAGCCUCACAAUCACAAAGCCAGGCGAGAACGCCACUUUCAAGUGCGGUGAAAAAAAUAGCACCCUCCUCCCGUCAGAACCCCGUGUCUUCAGUGAAGACUGCCAGACCGACCAGGCCCUCGACGCUGCGAUUCCCUCAGCCAAGCUAGAGUCGCAGGACGGUGCUCACACCUUGACUGUGCCGAAGUUGCCAAAGGCGGGCACCGUCAUCUGUUACAAGUGUGUGGACCAAGCAGACAAGGCGGCCGAACAAUGUAGUGUCAAAAUUCGCGUUAGCGCUUGCGGUCAGAGUGCUGUGGAGUUCUUUGGCUUCAACAGCGUCCCCACGGGGAGGGAGAGAGGCCGAGGUAAACUGCUGCUUCAAAAUCAAUAG